AUGGUAGAUAGGCAACUCGCAUCAGAGCAAUGGUAUCAUGGCUUACUCCCACGAGAAGACAUCAAGAUGAUGCUGCGCAAUAAUGGAGAUUUCCUUGUUCGAACUACUGAACCAGUAGCGGGUCAACCAAGAGCAUUUGUGCUUUCGGUGAUGUUUCGGCAGGAAUUGGAAGAUCAAGGACAUGCCUUCCGCUGCCACAAGCUGGACUCUCUGGACUCUGGAUAUUUAUUUCAGGCGAACGAGGUCAUUCUCCGAACUCCGAUAUUGCGACAAAACUGGGAACACUCACAUGAAGAUGUGGAACUAACAAAGAAAUUAGGUGAAGGUGCAUUCGGUGAAGUCCAUAUGGGCAAAUUAAAGCUACGAAAUGGAAGGAAAGUAGAUGUAGCAGUUAAAUUGGCGAAACUUGAAGUAUUAACGAAGGAACAGAUUAAAGAAAUCAUGCAUGAAGCCCGUCUAAUGAGAAACUUUGAUCAUCCAAAUGUUGUUAAAUUCUAUGGUGUGGCUGCUGGGCAAGAGCCACUCAUGGUUCUUAUGGAAUUGGUCAACUGCGGAGCUCUAGACUCAUACCUUCAGAAACAGGAACAACCAGUCGAAAAGAAGAAUGAGAUGAUUCUGCAGGCAGCUUGGGGUCUAGAAUAUCUUCACAGCAAGAACGUUUUACACAGAGAUAUUGCUGCAAGGAACUGUCUCUAUGGUGAUAACAAGGUUAAAAUUUCCGAUUUUGGUUUGACUCGAGAAGGUACAGUGUAUCAGAUGGAUCCGCAUAAGCGAGUACCAAUACGCUGGCUCGCUCCCGAAACUCUUAAAAUGGCCAUUUAUACUCAGAAAACCGAUGUGUUCAGUUAUGGUAUAAUGUGCUGGGAAAUAUAUAACAAUGGUAUUGAACCUUACCCAGGCAUGACAGUUGCAGAAGUUAACCAAAACGUCGGUCCCAUUCAUUUUCACCGUUACUUAUCACACAUCAAUAUCUCUCCUGUGAUUUUCAGGUGA